AUGUUUCGACUUGCAUUUGCAACAGUCCUCGUCUUAACACUCUCGACAUAUUGGGGACAAGUGCAAGGCGCUGUGCUGCCAGUGUCGAGCACAGAACUCGCAGUUGUGCCAUCAGCUUCUGGAGAGACUGCGAUUGAUACACUGGGAGAAUCGCGAGUGAAACGACAAGGUGGAGGAUGUGGCUGCUGUGGUUGUGGCUGUGGAUGCUGUUGCUGUAGACCCAGGUGCUGUUGCUGUUGUCGACGAUGCUGUACAUGCUGUAGAACUUGCUGUUGCACCAGAUGCUGCACUUGCUGUAGACCAUGUUACUGUUGCUGUGGCGGAGGAGGCGGCGGCUGCGGAUGCUGUGGAUGUGGAUGUGGAUGUGGAUGUGGAUGUGGAUGCUGUGGAUGCUGCGGAUGUGGCGGAGGCCGAAAGAGAAGAUCCCUUCAGAAUCUCAGAAUCGAUGCUGCCAACAAGGCUCUCGGAAUCAACAGAAAACCAUCAGCUGCUGCCAACUGCAAAUUCUAA